CCCUCUCUAAUAAUAGCUGAAUCGCACAAUACGAAGGUUGAGUCCUACCCAGAUGGAUUAUCAGCCUUACGUCAGGAUGAAACAUGGUAACCGUCACUAGAUUCCUUCUCCUAUCCUAGUAUUUUCAUACCGGUUUCCUUCGAACAACGAAUUGGAGCACAUAGGAAGCUCUAGAGCCAGCGAGAUCUUGAACAUGGAUACAUAGCUAAGGUCUCCAUGCUGCUGGAGCACUUCUCAUAGGCGCGCGCGCUUUACGCUUUUUUUGAUAGCGGAGUUAUCCCAAGGAUCCAGCCACCUCCUCUUCCUUCCACAUGCUCACAUACCCUGUUUGGCUUCAUUGAAAAGCGAGGGGUUCCGUCAUCCCUUUAGGUCUGGGGUAAUGGAUACAAGUCUUGCUUUUCUACCAGCCAUCCUCAGGCCAGCAUCAGACUCACACUAAACCCCGUCUCCUCUACACAGACCCAGUCAAUACUCGGGGCCCGCUAUGGACGUCCAGCUCUCCUUCGACCUCGGCCAAGUCCUGACGAUGGCGCAGAAUGUCCCUGCGUCAUCCACCGUUCCAGGCAUAUCCGCCAACCUGAGCGUCAAAAACGGCUCGACCAGUCCCUCGUCGGACCCGGCACAGACCGGAUCCGUGAAUGGCUACUUUGGGCAUCCCAAACACGGCGUCUUCAUGGUCUACCAAGCGGGUACCGAACAGGGGAGCAACCAGAACUACGCAUACUUCGCCAUUUCCUCCCAGGUCCCUUUCAAUCUCACCCAGCUCCAGGUUCGCCUCGAGUUGAACAAGACGGCAAAUGCCGGCGGCGUCGUCGUGGCCGUGGAGAGCUCGAUUCGGGACGACUUCACCUCGUAUCAGACGGUCGGCACCCUCUCCCCCUCGCCGCUCACACCCGUUUUGAGCUCGACGACGGUCCCCUUGGCGCUAUACGUCCCCGUGGGCCUCACGUAUCUCCGACUUAGGGCAACGUCCACCGUUGGAGGCGACAAUACCAGCGGACUCGCGUACUCCAAUCUCGUGCUUUCGGGAUCUCUCGUGUCGGCACUUGGUAGUGGGCUCACUUCUCCGGCUCCCAUCGAUCCGCAAACCACUCAAGCGCCGUCCACGACUGGCUCCUUCAUCAUUGGUUACGAUCUCGCGCAUACCGCGGACUUCGCGCAGCGCGUCGGUGUGAUCGGGGUUGCAACGCAUGGAGUCGCUAGUAUCCUAGGCACCAAUGCCCCUACGCCGACGGAUGCAGAGGUGGAGCAGCACGCUCCAUUUUCGUCGGUGGGCGUAAGCGACGACGGACAAAAGGCAUUCCGUCUGUUCAACUUCGGGACUCAACGAGGCGCGAGUCAGAAUUACUUGUGGGCACUGGUGUCCAACAAACUUCCCCUGAUUAUCCAGGGUAUCGCCCUCUCGUUCACUCCCAGCGUAGCCGGAUCUUCCGCCAUCUCGUUGGCGGCGGCGACCAUGGACGGGCCCGAGUCGGGCGUCACCAUCAUCUCUCCAAACACGCUGGCCCUGGCCGUCGAGGCAUCUGUGACGGCAGACUUCCAAAACCCCGUCACCCUGGGUUCUGUGUCAACGUCAUUUGGAAGCGGCCCGACCAGCACUGUUGUCGAGACGACGGCCCUUCUCCCUAGGGGUUCUUCGUUCAUUCGCCUUCGCGCCAUGACGCCGACGCCGACAGGAAAUGCGACGGAUCACAUUGCCUUCACGAGCAUUUCCAUCAACUGCGCACCUGUGCAAGAUGCCUGGCAGCAGGUCGGGGCCGGACCUGUGCGCGGCGUGCUGACGUACUCGAACAUGUUGUUUUCGGUGAGCGACGCGGACGGCACCAUCUGGCAGUAUUCGGGGCAGCCCGAUAGCUGGACCCGAAUCGGUGAUGCCGCGGAUCAGUUUGUGGGCUGCGACGGGGGCUUGUACUCCCUCAGCAACUCGGAAGCAGCCGGAGCCAGUUCGGCAAUCAAGCAAUGGAACCAGCUCAACGGCCAGUGGGAUGACAUCGGGCCCACCACGCCUGAAUGGAAGUUGAACUACCUGUUGACGGGAUUCAACACCCUCUUCGGUGUAGACGGCACCAACGGCCUCUGGAUCUGCGUCGGCCCCACGGCCUGGGUCCGCCUAGGCGGCCCCUUCAGCAAGGUCGUUGCGACUGACCAGUAUUGCUUCGCCAUGGCGUCCGACGACGACCAGCAAUUGGUCCAGAUGCUUCCAGUCCAAGGCUCAACGCAGUGGACCACCAUCGGCGGCCCCUCUGGCAUGUCGUCGCUCCUCGCCGCGGGUAACGCGCUCUACGCCCUCGACGGCAAGGGAGCCGUCUUCCGCUGGUCGGGACAGGGCACGGCCUGGACGCUGAUUGACCAGGGGCCCUUCCAGCGGCUCGCGCUCGACGGCGACAGCGUGGGACUGCUGGGCAUCACGGCCGAUGGCCUUGCUGUCCUGCAGCUCGUGGGUGACGGGAGCGGGAGCGGGAGCGGGAGUGGGGGCGGGCCGCUGCUGCGGUGGGACUUUAUGGGCCAGAACAUGACGACAUUAUGCGCCAACCGGCUCUGGGUGGCAGGGGUGCGGGAUGGGGGUGUGUUCCUCUACUUCCGGCCGCAGCAGCAGGAGAGUGGAGGUGGAGCACGCCCGACUAUGACCGCGCUGUCCGUGUCCGCAGCACCAGCACCAGCACCAGCACCGCCGAGCGCCCAGCCGCCGCAGCUUGGUUUGAAUUGGAUUUUCCGGUACCACACGGCCGACCUGAUAUUCGCGGGUUACGACGGGACCAUUAAUGUAACCCUGCGGGCGGGAGACAAGUCUGUGUCCACGGCACUUCCCGCCCAACACUACGUGCGCAAUGAGACGACGGUAGUUGGACUCGUGAUCACGGGCCUGCCCCCCGGCGACGUCGCGCCCCUCAGCACGCUUUCACUCAUCGGCAUCAAUUCCUUCAACCCCUGGUACACGGACCACUGGACCGUGGAAACCAUGGAGGCGUGGGACCUCGAGUCCAACACCAUGUACGAGUUCCCCAUCCGAGGCGACGUGCCUGCCCUGGAACUGAAUGCCGGGCGCGAUACCCGUCCUCUCGUUGUGGCGCCGAGCCUGACCACAACGGUGCCCAGGCCGCCGACUUAUGGGCGGGUGCUGAUCUGGAAGUUCUUGGGCCUGAAGAGCGCCGUGGGCCAUGCGUCUAUUACGCUUCCAGACCCGGAUGGCGGUCCCGAUCUCUACAUCAGCUGGUGGCCGUCGAACGCGGACCGCAAGUACCUCCCCUUUGUGCGGCUGACGUACACGGCUCCGGCGAACAACAACCAAACGUGGGAGAACGAUAGCACGUGGGAGAGGUCCGAUCCGGAAUUUGUGCUUCCCGUGUUCGGGCUCGACGGAAGUGCGGUGAAGAAUUGGUGGAAGGGGUUUAAUGUCCCUGGGGCGACGUGGAACGCGGCGAGCAUGAACUGCUCCACCGUCGUGUACCUGGCGCUGCUGAACGGCGGCGUCAUUCCGGAAGACUUGAAAGGGAGGCUCGCCUACCUUGGCCCCUGGACACCGAAUUUGAUCAUGGAGUUGACCAUGGCACUCGUGACGAAGAAGUACCCGGCUUGGGCUACCACGGGCCCGUUUGGGCCAAACACCACUUUCUAG